AUGGAGUUUAUUUCGGAAAAAUACAGGAAUUUUUUUUUAAAAAAUUGUUUGUUGAUUUGGAAUAUGCUAAGAUCACUGUUGGUAGUUAGCAGCACAGAGAUGAAUUUUUUUUUUAUGCUUAUUUAUUUGGUUUCUCUCUCUUGCCCAAGCUGCCCUUUUUCUCUGUUUCAAACUGCCCAAUCUGCCCUUUGUUGAAACACUUUCUCAAGCAGCGCUUAAUCUCUCUCUCUCUCUCUCUGUCUAUCAAAAAUUGCCUUUUGACUAAAUUUCAUAAACUGGGUGUUAGUGAUUAACAGCUAAAAAUCUACUUUUUAUUUGUAUUUAGAUGUUUUAAGAUUAAAAAGUUGUCAGUUUUAUUGAAAGGAGGAAAGAAAAAGUUGCUUUCUUUGAGAAGAAUUUGGAUGGUUUUAGAAAGAUGGGGUUUGGCCAUCAAUCUGAAAGAGAGAAAAAAUCAUCAAGGAAGAACAAAGAUGAAGAAGAAGAAACUGGAUGUUGGGUUAAAUUAAGAUUUUUGGGAAGUUGCAUGUCUUCAAGAUCAAGAGUUGAUAACUCUAUGAGUGGAACAACAGCUGAAAGUAAAUCGACGACGAGAGAGAAAAGCCGAGAUCAACCGGUUGUUCCCGUGUCUUCCACAACCACUAGUAAUGCAGAAACUGCUUCUUCGACACCGAAAUAUAGUGAGGAACUGAAAGUUGCUUCGCAGCUUCGAAAAUUCACAUUUAUUGACCUUAAGUUAGCAACCCGGAAUUUUAGACCUGAGAGUCUUCUCGGUGAGGGUGGGUUUGGUUGUGUCUUCAAGGGUUGGAUUGAGGAGAACGGAACUGCUCCUGUGAAACCCGGUACUGGACUUACUGUUGCUGUCAAAACACUAAACAUUGAGGGACUUCAGGGUCACAAAGAGUGGCUGGCCGAAGUGGAUUUUCUUGGGAACCUCCUUCAUCCCAAUUUGGUUAAAUUGGUUGGUUACUGCAUCGAGGAUGAUCACAGGUUACUGGUAUACGAGUUCAUGCCACGAGGAAGUUUGGAGAACCACCUCUUCCGUAAAGGGUCCUUGCCACUUCCUUGGUCUAUUAGAAUGAAAAUCGCACUUGGGGCUGCAAAGGGUCUCGCCUUUCUUCAUGAAGAAGCCGAAAGACCAGUGAUAUAUAGAGAUUUUAAAACAUCUAAUAUCCUGUUAGAUGCGGAUUACAAUGCCAAGCUCUCUGAUUUUGGACUCGCCAAAGAUGGUCCGGAAGGAGAUAAAACUCAUGUAUCUACUCGAGUUAUGGGAACAUAUGGCUAUGCUGCUCCAGAAUAUGUAAUGACUGGUAUGUCGUGUAUUCACUUUUAUUUCUCUAUAAUGUUUAGAGUUGAAAAGCUUCUUUUACCUAGAUCAUUGGCUAUAUAUGUAGGACAUUUGACAUCGAAGAGUGACGUAUAUAGCUUUGGGGUAGUUUUACUUGAAAUGUUGACUGGCCGAAGAUCCAUGGACAAAAACCGACCUAAUGGGGAACACAAUCUCGUGGAAUGGGCAAGACCUCAUCUAGGAGACAAGAGAAGGUUCUUUCGAAUUUUAGAUCCUCGUCUUGAAGGCCACUUUUCGAUAAAAGGUGCACAGAAAGCUGCGCAGCUGGCUGCCCAAUGUCUUAGCCGUGAUCCCAAAGCCAGACCUCGGAUGAGUGAAGUUAUUGAAAUCCUAAAGCCUCUACCAAACCUUAAAGAUAUGGCUAGCUCUUCUUAUUAUUUCCAAACUAUGCAGUCCAAUCGUAAUAGGUCCAAUGUAAAUGCUAAAAACGGCACCAGAGCACAAGCAGGAUUCGUAGUGAGGAAAGGACAACCUAUGAGGAGCUUGUCUGCUUCAAGCAAUCAUCAGGCUCCUCACCCAUCGCCAAAGCCCAAAGCAAAAGAAUCAUAGGUUUGAGUUUCUCUAUGUUCAUACUUUGAAUUCGGUUCUUAUCCGGUAUCUGCUUCUUCGGACUGUGAUGUCCACUGUUUAAUUAUACCAGUAGAACUGAAUGAACAAGCCGUACUGAACGUGCAGCAUCACCGCCCCCUGUCUCACUUAUUUCUCUCGUAUUUAGAGGCUGAAAAGCUAUGCUGGUAAUGGAUAAUGGCAUGGUGAUGGGAACUAGGGAGAUGGUAGAUGAAAUAGAAUGGGAAGAAUGAGGCUAAUUUUAUGCAAGUUGCAUUAUCUGUUCUUUGACCCCACAAUAUACCCUACCCCUCUUCAUUGUCUCUUGUCUUUGAUUUGCUGUUGUACAAAUGGAUCUCUUGUUAGUCUUGUUAACAUCUUAACAUAAGAAAAAAUUGUGUACAAUAUAUAUAUAUAUGCAUACAGGGUGGUUUUUUUUUUUACUACAUGACUUAGAAUAUGAUGAUGAAAUGAUGAUGGUAUGAUUAUGAAA